AUGGCGGUGAAGCUCGGCGUCAUCAUCUACGUGGUGCUCCAGCUCAUCGCGUUCGUGUUCGUGAUGAUCGGCACAGGAGUCGAUAUGUUUUACAUCAAGCCGGAGGGCAGCUUUGGCUUGAGGGUGUGCAUCACGUUGUGGGGUGGAAAGACCGAUUGCCGAAAGGUCCAGGUAUCAAACCCUGGGAACAAACUGUGGCUGCUGUGCCCGCGCAUCCGGGACAACUUCCGGCUCGCUCAGGCGUUCGCUAUCAUCUCCAUCUUCGUGUACGGCGCGGCACUGCUAUUCGGCUGCCUUUUGCUGUACUGUUGCACUGGCUUCCGCUGGCUCUGCCUGGCGCUGAACAUCGUGGGCGCUGUCACCGCUGGUUUUGUCUGGGCGCUCAUGGUGAUGACCUACAAAGUGCACGCUCCAAAGUACGUGGAGCUGAGCAGAGUCUUCGAUUUUGGCACUGGCUUCGGUCUCUACGUGUGUGCCUGGGUGCUGGAUAUCCUCGACCUCAUCUUCCUGCUGCUCCCGUGGCAACUCGGGGAAUCUGGUGAUAGUGAGGAGUCGAAGGAGUAUACGGAGGAGAUGCAGGAGGAAGAGUCAAAGCCAGAGGAGGAGGACGUGGAGUCAAAGUUAACGGAGGAGUAG